UCUCAAAACGAAUUAUUGUACAUUUCGUUUAAUUUAUAAUUAAUAUUUAAAUUAAUUGUGAACGCUACGAAUAUAUAUAGAUAUGCUUUCGUCCGGCAGAAACAUCAGAGCUGCUGUGCAGCGAUUUGCAGUAUUGGGGGGAAGUCGCAACUUUGUCGCCGCAUCCACAAAUGAAGCGCAACAAGAGUCCAAGAAUCCCCCACCAACACCUCCUCCCCCGCCAACGAAGUCUAAAUCUUUCCAUGGAAAGAUGGGCGGUUGGCAAUUGCACUGUUAUGGCGAUGUCGACGAACUUCAAUUCUCAGAUAAACUAAAGUUGCCACAGAUACGUAGCUCGGAUGAGUGCUUGGUGCGGAUAAAUGCCACUUCCGUGAAUCCCAUUGAUGUGGCCAUGUUGCGUGGUUACGGUUCCACAGUGCUAAACACACUGCGUUGUCAAUCUGGCGAUUAUAUUGAAUUUCCAUUAACGUUGGGUCGCGAAUUCUGUGGCGAACUCGUCCAAAAGGGCAUGGGAGUCAAAAAGGGGCAACUGAAGCUUGGGAGUCGAGUUUGGGGCGUGGUUCCCAUAUCCAAUACCUCGGGAGCACAUGCCGAAUACGUUGUGGUGCCCCAAUCCUGUCUUGCUUUGGCUCCCAAGGAACUGGAUGACAGGGAGGCGGCUAGUGUGUUGUACGCCGGACUUACAGCAUGGUCGGGUCUGUAUAUAUCCGGGUUUUUGGGUGGCCCUUGUGGUGCCGCCACAGCUGCUGGCGGUGGUGCCAAUAAACGUGUCCUGGUGCUCGGCGGAUCCGGCGGCGUUGGCAGUCUGGCCAUACAGAUACUCCGUUCACAGGGCGUCCAAGUACUGGCCACCUGCAGUGAAGAUGCUGUGGAGAUGGUGCGUUGCCUGGGCGCCGACUGCGUUGUGGACUACACGAAUCCCGUCGAUAUGGAACAGUUGGCCACUUAUGCACCUUACGAUAUUGUAUUGGAUUGCGCCGGACAAGGGGGACAACAUGCAUCGGAUUUGAAGUUUGAUUUCCGUCAGUAUGUGACGUUCUCCUCGCCACUGUUGGCCAACAUUGAUAAGCAAGGUCUCUGCCUGGGUGCUCUGCAGAAUGUCUCCGAUCUUCUGCAGACAAAUGUUAAAAGUGUCACACAACGUGGAGGAUUGGUUAAAUGGGGAUAUUUUUACCCAGCGGCGCAUGGAAUUCAGUUUCUGCAGAAUCUGGUGGAGCGGCGUAAGCUUAUUCCUCAAAUCGACAGCAGUUUCAAAUUUGCCGAGCUGCCGAAAGCUUUCGAGCGGAUGAAGAACGGACAUUUGCGGGGCAAGGUUGUGGUCAACCUUAAAGACUGAAUAUUUUUGAUUGUUAACUAUUGAAAUAAACUUGUUUAUAUAGCAACUA